AUGGCCGAGGAGGUUUUAAUUCCAUCUUCAGGGAAAAUCACAUCGCAACUGACCAGCUCUUUGUUGGCGGUCGCAUUUCUUACCUCCUUCGGGAGCUCCAUGCUUUAUGGCUACAAUCUGGCAGUGGUCAACUCCCCUGCUGUGUACAUAAAGGAUUUCUACAACAAGACAGUGGUGAGUCGUAAUGGAACAGGACUCAGUGAGGAGACGCUGACCCUCAUGUACUCUCUUACUGUGUCUGUCUUCGCUAUUGGAGGUCUUCUGGGCUCCCUUAUCGUGGGCAUACUUGUCUCUCGCUUUGGCAGGAAAGGCACAGUGGUCAACACAACAGUGCUGGUGUUUAUCGCUGGCUCAUUCAUGGGCUUCAGCAGGAUUUGUGGUUCACCUGAGAUGGUCAUCAUUGGCCGCUUCAUCACAGGAAUUCACUCAGGAAUCUCUCUGAGCGUAGUACCAAUGUACCUGGGUGAGAUAGCACCUAAGAACCUGCGGGGCUUCCUGGGUCUCGUGCCGAGUAUCUUUAUUGGAACCGGAGUCUUCGCCGCCCAAAUCCUCGGCCUACAUGAGCUUCUAGGAAAGGAGGAGCACUGGCCCCUCUUUCUUUCAGUGGUAGUGGUACCCACCUUCAUCCAGUUGAUGCUGUUGCCAUGGUUCCCAGAGAGCCCCAGGUACCUGCUGAUUGAGAAGCACAACGUCCAUGCCACCAUCACAGCCCUGAAGUGGUACAGAGCCAAGUGUAACAUCCAGGCUGAGAUUGAAGAGAUGCAGGAGGAGCAGCGCUCUCUGUCCUCAGUGGAGACGCUGUCCGUAUGGAAACUGUUGCUGGAUGACACAGUCCGCUGGCAGGUGCUCAGCGUGAUGGUCAUCAACGUCGGCAUGCAGCUGUCUGGCAUCGAUGCUAUCUGGUUCUAUACCAAUGACAUCUUUAAAAAUGCAGGUAUCCCAGCACCAGAGAUACCCUAUACCACAGCAGGAACAGGAAUUAUAGAGAUCAUCGCUGGACUCAUUGGGUGUUUCUCCAUAGAGAAGCUGGGCAGGAGGCCUCUCAUGAUUGGGGGAUUUGCCAUGAUGGGCUUCUGCAGUGCUGGCAUCACAGUAGCCCUCAUUUUACAGACUCAUCUAUCAUUCAUGCGCUACGUCAGUGUCUGCUGUGUGGUCGGCAUCAUCGCUGGCUUCUGUAUCGGUCCAGCGGGGGUUCCCUUCCUGAUCACAGCAGAGCUGUUUAAACAGUCCCAUCGUCCAGCGGCCUACAUCGUUGGAGGAUCACUGAACUGGCUGUCUAACUUUACUGUGGGCUUCGUCUUCCCCUUCUUACAGAUGUCAGCGGGGUCUUACUGCUACUUGGUGUUUGGCACCAUUUGUCUGGCCGUGGCCGUCUAUGUCUACAUUGUGAUCCCAGAGACCAAAAACAAGACCUUCAUGGAGAUCAGCCGGAUGUUCUCUAAGAAGGAGGCAGUCCUAGAGACCCAGGGCCUGAUCCAUGUGGACCAGCUGAAACUGAAGAAGAUGAACGGCUAUGGUGGUGUGGAACAUGCUUCACUGGAGUUUGACAGUUCUUCAUCUGUACCUUAA